AUGUCAGAUUCACACCAAAAAUUACGUUCUCGGUACCUUUCAUUCUGGCUUAAUGUAACCAAAGAGAUGCCAAUGGCAACCCUAGAGAUGCAUGGCAACACAACUGUCCAAGGAAAGCUGUGUGGAACAGAUAGUCAGAACAAUCGUUUUCGGAUUGACCAACUAGAAUCACCUAUUGGAGUAUAUGACCAUGUCGUCGUGCGCGGAUCUGACGGUUGCAAAAUCAUAGUCACACGACUAUGUCCCGAGUUGCUGGAAGUAUCUUGA